AUGGCACCAACAAUCCUCUUUGUCCCAGGUAGUUGGGAAGGCCCAAAACCAUUCGAACCGAUUUCUGCCCUGCUUGCGACGCAAGGAUUCAUUGCUGAAACUGCUGUGAUCCCUAGUACGGGAACCGUCUCACCCGGAAACCCGAACUACAAGGAUGAUGUACGCGCUGUUCGCGGACAUAUCCAAAAUAUAAUCUCUCGUGAUGAAGAUGUCUUUCUUGUUCUUCAUUCUGCGGGUGGAUUUACUGGUAGUGAGGCGAUGGAAGGACUAAGCAAAAAGGAGCUUGUGGCGCAAGGGUCCAAGAGUGGGGUUAUAGGAAUUCUGUUUAUUGCGGGGGCGGUUUUCCCUGUUGGGCAUCAUCAUGCACCUUUACCCUUCGGUCGAUAUGAGGGUGGUGCUAUGUACUGCGCUGAUCCACCAGCAAUGCUCUUUAAUGAUUUCACAGAAGAGGAAAUGAAUAAGUGGCUUCCUGGAGUCAGUACACAACCUGCUGAUGGCUGGGAUAGUGUCAUUUCUUAUACAGGCUGGGAAGAUGUUCCGAGUGUUUAUUUGAUUUGUGAGAAGGAUGGAAUUGUACCAGUUCCGGCGCAAGAACAGUUGGCGGCGUUGUCCAAGAGUCGCAUUGAACGGUGCAGUGCGGGUCAUAUGGCGCAGCUGAGUCAACCUGAGCGAGUGAUUGAGGUGAUUCGAGCGACUAUUGAUUCACUUUGA